AGGGAGCCGGAGUCAGAGUUGGAGGCGGAGCAGAUGGCGAGGGCCUACUUGUUGUACUUGUUCGGGGCUACCUUGUACCCGAACAAGCGAUCCACAGUGCACCUGUCCUACUUACCGGCCCUCCAUGACUUAGGCGCAGCUUCGAGGUUUGACUGGGGAGGAGCUGCCCUGGGCACCUGCUAUGGCUUUGUGGGGGCGUUCUCUCGCGGGAAGAAGGCGACUGCCGGCUACUGGAGGGUGUGGGAGCUAUGGGCCUACGAGGUGCUGAAGAUGUACCCUCCGGAGAACAAGUGCCCGAACCUGAUGAUGCUCCCCCGUGCCAUGAUUUGGGGUCCUAUGUACAGCGGGAAGAAGAAGUCAAGAGGGAGCCUCCUAGCUUUCCGGACCUACCUUGACGAGCUGUCUGGCACUCAGGUGGAUUGGAACCCCUGGAGCGGCGCUGAGCCUGAGCCUGAGUACCUGGCAGAGAGUAGGGUGGUGACUGCGAGCCGGGUGCUUUUGGAGUCGGCCUUCGGGUGGCGGUGGUACCUGGGUGACCGGGUGACACGGCAGUCACUAGGCGCUCUUGACUUUCAGGUGCCUGGGCCACUGCCUCCUCACGCUUCCCACACGGACAAGUAUACCCUGGCUGAGCUGAGGCGCUUCACUGUUCCGACCGGGCUGGCUGCUUUUCUGAGGCCUGAGCGUGACUACGCCGUCUACCGAAGGCAGCACCUGGCGAGGCCGCUCGGCGUGCUGGAGCAUGUCGCCGUGCAGAGUGAGGCGCUUGAGGCUGGCGAGGAGAGGCGGAGCCGGGAGAGCAGGGCAGCCCGCCUGAGAGAGAGGAGCAACUAUGCCACAGCGACUGGGCUGCCUCGGCUUUCUUGGACCCUAGCGGUGCGGGAUGCCAAAGGAGAGGAGGCCAUUGUUCAGUUUGAGCUUGCUAGGACAGACCCAGCGGAGAUCGCAGGGCCGUAUGUACACUUGGCUUGCAUUCUGAUUCUGUCCCGAAAUCUGUCACAGGCUCCGAUAGAAUGGGGGCCACUUUGUUUUUACUCCCACACGAUUUGCACACGGUUUCUGAGUUCUCAGGGGGCAGUGUCCUUUGCAGAGAGGAGAUUUGGAAGCUAG